UCUAAAACAAAGGGUUCGCUUGCACAUUUGUCGGGUUAUCGAUCGAGUCACGCGUCUGUGGAGACGGAGGAGGAUUGGACCAAGCCUGGCCAGGACGGGACCACGUCCAAGGCCCUCGGGCCCGGCCCGACCCGACCCGACCGCGGGCGCCAUGGAUGGGACGUCGAUGGGAACACGAGGACGUCACACCGAUGCUGCAUGCGCGGAACCCGAAAUCGUCCGAGGUCCGAGGUCCGAGGCUGCGCUGCGCUGGAGCCUGGCCCUGUGCUCUGCUAGAAGCGCCAGCGGCUCUCCGGAGGGGCGCCGCAGCCAGGCGCCUCUCGCAGAUGCUGAAGGGAAUGAUGGAGCGCGGAUGAGGAGAUGAGAUCAGCCCGGCGGUGGGGAGAUAGAGUCCGAGAGAUCCGUCCGGUGCUGCCCGGGGCCUCGCAGGGCUCCGCAUUUUCGGCAUGCCGGGUCCAGGUGGCAAAAGGUCGUUCACGUCCUGAGAGGAUUAAAUGAGGCCGGAGGUCCUACAUUUGCUCCGCCUGUCCCAAUCCGCCCGCGUUAGGCACAAAGUCUUGCGGCCCGUUGACUUUGCCAGUCAAGUAUGCCCUGGGGCGCCGGGGCGCUCGAUUCACCUCCGCUCGUGCUGCGCGCGCCCACGCCAGCGACAAGUCUCGGGCCCUGGGCGCGGGGCCUCGUUCUUGCCUCGACCCUUGCUCGCAGAGCGCUCUGGUUCCGCCUUGCGCUGGCUCUGAGCCCGUUCGCGUGAUGUUGCUCCCAUUUCCUCUCGAUCGCUGAUGGGAUCGUCGUCUCGGUGCGGCAGGUGGUCUUGUUAUUUUCGGUGCAGUUGUCGGAGAGAGCUGCGGCAGUAUUUGAAAAGUCGGUCGCGCGCCUGUGGCGAGACGGAUUCUCUGGGCCAUCGACUCGAUGGACGAUCUUCAGGGUGCGGCCGGUGGUGGAGCUGCGGCGACGUCAAGCAGUGCGUCGGCCGCGGGACUCGAGUCUGGGCGCCGACCGGCGACGCCGAAUCGCACCGGGAUGAGGAUUUCUCCGACCUCGAUCGAUCCUUCGAGGCGCCGAAGAAGCGCGCAUCUUACAGCGUCUUCGGCGCCCGAUUGGCCAUCAUGGUGAUGCUGACGAUACUAAUUGGGUUGCUCACGAUAUUGACAUGGCAUUUCACCACGGUGUACACAACGAGAUCCAUAAAGAGUCUCGCUUUUAGUCUACGGACGGAGCUUCUACAGCGACCAAUUGCUCGAAUGUGGAAUCUUUUGAACGCUACUCUAGACACCACAGUUACGCAUGUUAAUCUGUCUAAAUAUGUUGUAGGCCAAUACAAGCUGCCAAUCAGCCCUGGAGAUCAAGAUCAGCAGUUAUACAAUGUUAUGCGGAAUGUUACGUGGGCUAUAUUUACAAGUCGGAAUGCAGUGAAUGCAUUGACGAUAGUGUACAGCAACGGCCUGACUCAAGGAUUUGAAAGGGAUGCUGCCACCAAGGAAGAAUUUUACUCCUACUCUGUUUUCCGGAACGACACCGAGUCUGCAGAGUCUCCGAUAGCUGCCUUUUUCCCAUCACCGUCUCCAUCACCAUCAGGUGCAGAGGAUUUUCUGCCAAAGAGCACGGCCGACACAUUCACAUGGUUUAGGGAACCCGUGAACAAGCGUACUGGCCACAAAAUGGGACCAGCCGUAGAGAUUAAGCCAUACAAUCUGACACAGGAUUUCGGUGGCGUGGCACUUCUAAAGGAAGGUGAUACCUCAUGGCACAUCACUGUCCACAGGUCUGACGAUACUCCAUUUCUAGCUUCUGGCUCUCCAGUGAGGCACCCCGAAACAGGUGAAGUUCUGGCUGUCGCUGGCGUAACGCAAGCUCUGAGAGGGGUCAGCCAGCUCAUGCAGGAGCUUGUAACUCUGCACAGUGGAACCAUCUACCUGACAAAUGCUGAUGGAUGGCUACUUGCGUCAUCGACCUCCACUCCGCUGCUAAAAAAUUCAUCGAACGGGCCGUCGCUCAUCCGCGCACAUGAGUCAACGGAUAGCAUAAUAAGUGCAGGGUCAAUGUGGCUCAGAAGAGAAUAUGGAACCGAUUUGGAGAAUUUGCAGAAUGUGCACGCAGAGGAUGUGGUGCUGCUGGGAAAAAAAUACUACGUGGAUACUUUCGUACUGAAUUUGAGCAAGCUGCCUUUGGUGGGCGUUAUCGUGACUCCGCGAUCCUUCGUGAUGGGGGCUGUGGACCGUCGAGGCCAUGCGACCCUUGCCAUCCUGAUUUCGAUUUCUGUUUGCAUUCUUGUGGUGGGGUGCUUGUUCACUCUGAUAUUUACAACAGGCGUAUCCAAUGAGAUGAAAUUGCGAUCUGAGCUGAUUGAUCACCUUGAUGCUCGAAGACGGGCUGAGGCCUCGAGCAAUUACAAGAGUCAAUUUCUUGCAAACAUGAGUCAUGAACUCCGGACACCUAUGGCGGCUGUCAUAGGACUGCUCGAUAUAUUGCUCUGCGAUGAAUAUAUGACUUCAGAACAGGUAGCGAUGGUAUCCCAGAUACGAGACUGCUCGACAGCAUUGCUUCGCCUUUUGAAUAACAUCCUUGAUCUCAGUAAGGUGGAGUCUGGGAAACUUGUCCUAGAAGAAGCAGAUUUUGAUCUUCGGCGUGAGCUAGAAGGAUUGGUUGACAUGUUUUCUGUGCAGUGUGACGAUCAUAGUGUGGAAAUAGUCCUUGAACUUGCUGACGAUAUUCCCCGUCUUUUACGAGGAGAUUCUGCUCGCACGGUACAGAUAUUUGCAAACCUGAUUGCAAACUCCAUCAAGUUUACUUCGUCCGGGCAUGUUCUCGUACGAGGGUGGGUUGAUCCUGCUUUUCGUGGGAAGAGCGGAGCGUUGAGCGUCGGGAAGGAUAUAAAUUCACCGUGGUUUACAAAAGUAGGAAGUGGUCGUUUUGAAGAGGAUAUCCAGCCAUCAGAUAAAAUCUGCUUGUGGUUCGAAGUCGAUGACACAGGCUGUGGUAUUGAUCCAAGCAAGUGGGAGACGGUAUUCGACAGUUUCGUGCAAGCCGAUCCAUCUACAACACGAACAUACGGUGGAACAGGUCUUGGGCUGUGUAUAGUGAAGUCUCUCGUGAACAAGAUGGGAGGAGACAUAAAGGUGAUGAAGAAGGAAAGCCGUGGUACUCUUCUGAAGCUAUCGCUAUUUUUCAAAGACUCUCCAGAGAGCACAAUACCAAAAACUUUUCGAGAUUAUUGCGCUUCCACAUUUUUUUCCGAGACCCUGCAACAUUCAAAACUUGUCUUCUCAGUCGAAGGUCGUACUGGAGGAACUCUGAUGAGUAAAUGGAUGCGGGAUAAGGGUUUACAUGUAGUUGAAGCCUCAUCGUGGGAGGAAACUGUCGCAGAAUUAGAGGACAUGGUUCAGGAAAAUAGGUCAUCACCCAAGUUCCAACCACUAGCAAUACUGGAUAUCAGCCUCGUUACACAAGAUCGUGAUUUGGACGUGCUAGAGAGAUAUACGAAGAAGGGUGUCCUAAUUGCAUGGCUUCUAAAUCAUGACACUUCAAGUGUCACGAAGGGUGACCUGAGGAAGAGAGGGUUUUCAAUCAUGGCUAACAAGCCUGUGUAUAAAUCAAAGUUAGUCCAUCUCUUGAAGAUGUUGGUAGGGUGCAGCACAAGUGGUGAGGUGUUGGCGCAGCCGAAGGCACAAGGGGUCACUCCAUCUGUUAAUGAAGCAAACUUCAACAAUGGGGGGAAGCCAGGCUCUUGGAGAGUUGCGUUAAACAUAUCUCAGGUUUUAACAGAGACUCAGAAUGAAGUGACACGAGCCCGAUCGCUGCCUUUGAGAGCAAAUUCGACCGGGAGGUUGGAGCAAAUUUUAGAGCAUUCAAGUCACGACGAAGAGUUGCUGCUCAUAGACGGUCAUCGAAGGCGCCAUUCCGAAGACUUUCCUAUCUACAAACCCUCAAAUUACAUAAGGGCUGCCCCACGAGGUCUCGAUAGGUUUAAGGCCUCGGGAACGGAAACUGCAGGAAGUGGGCCCAAUCCCCCGACAGUUCCUGGAACAAACCAUGUCUCCGCCCCGUCCUCAUCCCUUACAGAGGAGGCAAUCGCUGGUAGCUUCUGUAGACAGUCUUCUACAAAACUAGCUGAAACAGCCACCCUUCUAUCCUCCGCGAAAUCACAUCCGUUGGAAUCCUUAGCUACCGAAGUGUCUCCUAAGGACGAGAACCACCGGCCGAAUGGAGAAGCGGAUCCUAAGAGAUUAACUGAAAGUCUAGACGUGGCAGAUAAAGUUCAGUUGUCAAGCACGCCUAUCCCGGGGCGACAUCCAGAAAAUUGUGCUCAGAAUGGUAAACAUAGUGUUUCUGAGCAACUAACUAGUAGUCUUUUAACAGUAGAUGCAGAACAGAAUAUCCCCAAUGGAGUAGUUCAUAAAGACGGAAGUAGUAGACUGGAGCAGCCGUCUGGAGAGGCUCUUGAUGUCCCCGUCGAUAAGCCUGUAAGACUCACAAGAGUACGGCGAAAAGAUGAGAAUUCGCCCUCCACUAGGAUCGGACCGCAAGACGCUCUCAAAGGGAUCAGGAUACUCCUGGCCGAGGAUACUCCAGUCCUCCAGAGGGUGGCAACAAUGAUGUUAGAGAAGCUGGGUGCGACGGUGUCAGCGGUGGGUGAUGGGUUACAAGCUGUCAAUGCACUCACGCAAUGUCCUGAAUCGAACGUCCGUUUAGAGAGAGAUAAAAUUCGUAAGCUGAAGUAUUUGGAAGAAUCAUCAGUUCCUUAUGAUUUGGUGCUGAUGGAUUGUCAGAUGCCGAAAUUGGACGGGUAUGAUGCAACGAGGGCCAUUCGGCAGGCCGAAAAAGGUACCAGUUUUCACAUACCAAUCGUAGCUUUGACCGCUCACGCAAUGUCAUCUGAUGAAGCCAAAUGUCUUGAAGUUGGUAUGGAUGCCUACCUCACUAAGCCUAUUGAUCCUAAGCUUAUGAUGUCCACUAUAACUAAUUUGACGAGGAGGCAAAAGCCUUCUCAACAAGGUGCCAAUGAUGGUUUGUAGACUACGUUUCUUAAUUUCCGGUAUCGGAUGAUCACCCCUCGGGGAUAGGGAUGCACUAAAAGAGUCUUCUGAACUUAAAGGCUUGGGACUCAGCAUUCAAGAGUUUUAGCUAACCCAUCACAGGGUAUGUAAUUUAUUCUCACUUGAAAGAGCUAUAGUAUGCACAAGUUUCAAUCACGUCUCAUGAUUGUCGUGCUUCAGCCACUUUUCGUAGAUAAUCGACUCAAUUUCUUUUGCGAGAAAGACUGACAUUGACUUCGAAUGUGAAAAGUAACACAAGAAAUCUCGGAUUUGAUAUGCCUUCUCACUGCCAGUUUCAGGAGAGUGUUCCAUGUUUUUGUCUUGUAGACAGAAGAGAUGGGACCACGGCGGUAGCUUGGUGGUUCCCGGCUAGCUUUCUUUUCGUGACAUACAUGUUUAGAACCCAAGCACAUUUGUCUCGCUGUGGAUUAUUCUUACAUGCAGAAAGGAAUGGUGUGGGUCCCAGCAUGCGACUAUCCCUGUCUAUCUGACAUUGAGAACCUGGAAAC